AAUGAGUUUUGCAACACUUUUGCUACAGUGGCUCUGCCUACCUAGCUCAGUCCAAUAAGCUUCCAGUAACAACUGAAUCAUUAACCACUUUCAAUACAGUAUGCAAAUCAGGCAGAGAGUCUUCUCUUGGGCUGUUUUCAUUAUAUCGUGGCUCAUCCCUCAGAACAUGGUCAAGACGUAUCUUGCAAGGACAAUACCCAUUCUACAGAAUGGACACAAAUGACACCAGAGAAUGCAUGAAGCUACCUGACCAUCUGGAAAAAUAUUACCUUACCACUAUGUACUCUCUUGAAUUCAUCUUUGGUUUCACUGGAAAUGUUGUUGUUGGUUUGGGUUCACUUUUCUACUGGAAGAUCUGGAAAAGUAGCAACAUCUACCUGAUCAACUUAAUCCUGUCAGAUUUAUCUUUCCUUUGCACUCUGCCAUGGCUAGUGUCAAGUUAUUCCAAAAGAACAGAUGACAACGUGUGGUGCCAAUUUAACAGAAUUAUCCUGUUCUUUAAUUUGUACACAAGCAUCCUCUUCCUGACAUUUAUAAGUAUUGACAGGUAUCUGCUCAUAAAGUAUCCCUUCAGAAAUCACUUUCUGCAGAAGAGAGCAACGGCUAUUGUUUUCUCAGUAGCCAUAUGGAUCUGGAUUAUGUUGGAACUGUCUCCUAUAUUCCAUUUCAUCACCUCUGAUAAUAACAGCAACAUUAGUCAAUGUUUAGAUUAUGCAAGUUCAGGAGAUCCACUCCCCAGCCUAAUCUACAGCCUGAUCUUGACAAUCACUGGGUAUAUAAUCCCAUUGUGCAUCAUGUGGGUUUUCUACAUAAAGACUCGUGCUCUCCUUAUAAGCCACAGUUUGCAGUUCACCACCGCUCUGCCCCUUGAGAAGCCUCUCAUGCUAAUCAUUAUGGCAGUGAGUAUCUUCUCACUUCUCUUUGCUCCCUAUCAUAUCAUGCGCAAUAUUAGAAUUGCCUCCCGACUAUCAUUCUGGAAGCCUUCCGAAUGCACAAAGAACCUGAUUAAAGCUUUUUACACGAUAACAAGGCCUAUUGCCUUCUUGAACAGUGUAACUAAUCCCAUCUUUUAUUUCUUAAUGGGAGAUCACUUCAGGGAGACGCUCUUGAUCAAUGUAAGGUAUUCCUUAAAAAGAGUUCUACCUUGCUAUAAAUGAAGUUUCAAUGAAGCCUUUGGACAGAUAUGGAAAUUGCUAGUUUAUGGGAUACAAGAUACUAUUUUUACUAUGAAUUUGGCAAUUGUCCAUGAACUCAAGUGGAUUCUAAAUGUGGACAUCAAAUCCUGUUGUUUUCUUCAAGUAUUUCAUCCAAGAUCUUGUUAGGUGGAUAAAAGGCCAGAUAGUAUUUGAAGCUUAAAGUGACUUUCAUCAGUUUUGUGUGGAGAAUCAGCAACUUCCUUUUUCAGAAAGACAUACACUUGAAAUGGUGUUCUUUACUAGCUGAAUUCCAUUCAAGCUGGAUUACUGGGGUAUGUUGUAUUGAUGUGAACUGCCUCUGAAAAGAAAGUAAAACUCAUGCCUAAUAUAACUGCCAGAGUUAAAUCCUUACCCAAGGAGAUUGGGUAAGUGGGAGAUUGCUGAUUGCUAAAGAGAGGUUUGUUUGGUAAAAAACAGGAUACUCAUUUCAAGUUUAAAUUAUAAAUUUAAAUUAUAUUUAAAUUUAAAUUAUAAAUGCAAGAGUAUUAGACUAUGGGAAACUAUGGGAGACGUUCUUCAAAUUUCUUUGAAAUAAGAGAAUUAAAGCAGAUUAUCUUUCAUCCAAUUGAAUUUUAAACAGUGACAGAAAAAAAAAUCAGGAGGUUGUCCCUACUGUGCACUAAUUUAGCCUUUAAAACUCUAAUAAAUUAGAACCAGUUAUCUAAAUAACUCUCAAUCAGCUGACCUCCUGAGUAUUUUUUUGAGGAUUAGACAAGCAAUUAACUAAAAAGAAGGAUGUUUCUGUGAUGCACAGAAUUCAGUGACACUUUACAGCAGAGGUCUUCAGACUUGGCAGCUUUAAGACUUGUGGAUUUCAAAUCCCAGCUAUGCUGGCUGGAGAAUUCUGGGAGUUGAAGUCCACAAGUCUUAAAGCUGCCAUGUUUGAAGACCUCUUUUUUUACGGGCAUGUUCCAGAAGUGCCAUUACUGUAAUUUUUUUAUGUUAAGCAAAUCACUUUUUCAUAAUUUUAAUAGAUUUGGGGUUCUUGCUACCACUUUUUGUUUGUUUGUAUUUUUUUUUAUAUGAGCUUGCUUUAUACAUAUCAGAUGCCAGUGUUUGUUACUUUACCCUGAGGCCUGAGCCUAUAACUUUUCAUUGAUUGCAUAGAAGAGCACUCUAAAUGUGAAAAUAUGCUAUUUUAUUUAUAACUUUGUAUAUUUGUAUUUGUACACUUGUUUUUUUUAUUUAUUUUUUUAAAAUAAAUCUUGUUGAAAAUGAGAUUUCUUCAGUUCAGUGAUAUGCCAUUU